UUCCCAUGUGAGGUGUGGAAAGCGCGUAUGCAAUUCCACUCUCACUCGUCGCCUCCAAACGACAACCUGUAUCUGUCGUGUUCUACACACCGUCACCGUGUCACCCGCGUUCUCUCUUCCCUGAUUCUCUCUCUCUCUCUCUCUGUUAGUGUCUUUAGAUCUCACUCUUUUUUUAUUACUCGAAUAGAUCUCGCUCCCAGUCAAAUUCUCAAAUCCCAUAUUGUUAUUAAUAUUCUUUAUAUCCGUAUUUAUGCUGCUCACUCAUAAGCAGUAAGGACCCAUCUCUCAAUCUCAGAUUCUCUCUCUCUCUCUCUCUCUCUCUCUCUCUCUCUCUCUGUGAGCCCAAUCUUUGAAGCAGCUGCAUCUAAAGUACGUUGGCUGAUCAUCCCUUUGCAGUGAAACUGGACCUGGCAUCUUGUAGCUUGAUUUGAACUCUGCAUGUUGAAGUCAAAGUAGAGGGGUAAUUGUCUAUUGGUUACAACAAUGUCGCGGGGAAGAGCUGAUGGGAGCCCAAAGAAACGUUUGGUCACCUCAGUUCUAGUUUUGGUGGCCAUUUGUGGUCUCCUGUAUUUGUAUUCUAAAAGAAAUGGUUCCUCUGCGCUGGAGUAUGGCAGUAAAAUAAGAAAAUUCGGCUCUACUUACUUGGGCGUGGAUGAAGAUGUUGAGGAGUCACCUUCCAGACUUGGUGAAGAUGAAGAGGAUGGUAUUAUAUUGAAGAGCAUACCGGUUUGUGAUGAUAGACAUUCAGAACUCAUUCCUUGCUUGGACAGAAACCUUAUUUACGAAACAAGAUUGAAGUUGGAUCUGUCUGUGAUGGAGCAUUACGAGAGACACUGCCCACUGCCUGAAAGGCGAUAUAAUUGUUUGAUUCCACCUCCACCUGGAUAUAAGAUCCCAAUCAAGUGGCCUAAAAGCAGAGACGAGGUGUGGAAAGCAAAUAUUCCUCACACGCAUCUUGCAACUGAGAAGUCUGACCAAAAGUGGAUGGUUGUCAAAGGUGAAAAGAUUGGAUUUCCCGGAGGAGGUACUCACUUCCAUUAUGGAGCUGACAAGUACAUUGCAUCAAUGGCUAAUAUGCUCAACUUUCCUAAGAACAUUUUAAAUAAUGGAGGAAAGGUCAGGACAGUCCUUGAUGUUGGCUGUGGUGUUGCUAGUUUCGGAGGAUACCUGCUUUCUUCAGAUAUUAUUGCAAUGUCCUUGGCACCUAAUGAUGUUCAUCAAAAUCAAAUCCAGUUUGCAUUAGAGAGAGGGAUUCCCGCAUACCUUGGUGUUUUGGGGACCAAGAGACUCCCUUAUCCUAGUAGAUCUUUUGAACUGGCACAUUGUUCUCGCUGUAGGAUUGAUUGGCUUCAAAGGGAUGGGAUACUUCUCCUUGAGUUGGAUAGGGUACUGAGACCAGGAGGUUAUUUUGCCUACUCAUCUCCUGAAGCCUAUGCACAGGAUGAAGAGGACCUGAGAAUAUGGAAAGCGAUGAGUGAGCUUGUGGAACGGAUGUGUUGGAAAAUAGCUGCUAAAAGGAACCAAACUGUUAUUUGGGUCAAGCCAUUGACUAAUGACUGUUACAUGGAAAGAGCGCCUGGUACUCGACCACCCCUCUGCAGAUCAGAUGAUGAUCCAGAUGCUGUCUGGAAUGUGAAAAUGGAGGCUUGUAUCACACCAUACUCUGACCAAAACCAUAGAGCAAGAGGAAGUGGUUUGGCUCCUUGGCCUGCUCGAUUGACUUCACCGCCUCCCCGUCUUGGGGAUUUCAGCUAUUCUAAUGAUAUAUUUGAAAAGGACAUGGAAGUUUGGCAGCAAAGAGUUGACAGUUACUGGAAUCUUUUGAGCCCAAAGAUCAAUUCUGACACACUGAGGAAUGUGAUGGACAUGAAGGCAAACUUGGGUUCAUUUGCAGCUGCUUUGAAGAACAAAGAUGUUUGGGUUAUGAAUGUGGUGCCAGAAGACGGACCCAACACACUUAAAAUAAUAUACGACAGAGGGCUGAUAGGCACAGUACACAGUUGGUGUGAAGCUUUCUCAACCUACCCACGAACCUAUGAUCUGCUUCAUGCAUGGACUGUCUUCGCUGAUAUUGAAAGGAAAGGAUGCAGUGGCAUAGAUUUGUUGAUUGAGAUGGAUCGCAUCCUCCGGCCCAAAGGUUUCGUCAUUUUCCGUGACAAGCGGAAGAUGGUGGAGUUCAUAAGCAAAUAUAUGAAGGCAUUACACUGGGAAGCAGUGGCCACUGCUGAUGCCGAGGGAGGCUCUGAGCAAGAUGAUGACGUAGUGUUUAUCGUCCAGAAAAAGAUUUGGCGUACAAGCGAGAGCUUUAGGAAUGUAGAAUAGCCUGAGCACGAUAUGAUCCCGGCAUUUCACUGGCCCUCGGUGGUGCUGGUUUUAUUUAUAAUUUUGUUGCAUUUGCUCAUGUUCGAUCUGUUUUAAUUUUUUUACAAUUUUCUUUGUUCCUCUAAUUGGCACACAGAAAGGUCACCGAUAUGUUUUUCAUUCUAUUUUAUAAUUCAUUGGGAAAUUGUAAGAUACACUUUCUGCCAUUAAUUGGAGAAAUGUAGAGGCCAA